GAACACACUACGUUGUAACGCAAAUAUAAUCGAUGGGAGCACCGAAAAGAUAAAGAAAAGAAAGCCUAUUGUGAUGUGCUUCUUUAUACAAGUCAAGGGAGCAGCUCCAUAUGUUCAGGUGUUUCAAACGUACUCCCUGACUGAUGGCAACAUUCUUUGUUCUGAAACUGACUCAACAGCGGUGGAUGAUAGUAUAUUAAGACAUUUUGCGUAGUAGAAUCAGGAUGGAAAGGCUUCGAACAAAGGUGCUAAUUUUGAUGUUCAUCAUCGUCUCAACAAUCCUGCUCAUCGUCCAUCAGUAUGCCAACAUCUCAGAUCUUAUGUCCCAUCCAUUUAUCCAAAAACAAUUCACCUCAAACCAUGGAGGCAACGGACAAAUUCAUUUGCAAGAAAUACAGGAGAAAGCAGAUCAUGGAAUGGUGGGGAGAAUAAACGAGGAACAAAAUGAGAGUAACAAGUGGAGACAACAGAAACUGAGUGAAUUGGAAGACGGCAGCACCCCUACUUUGAAUCGGAACCAUAAUGCUUCAUCAGCUUUUACCCCAAUCAAAGAGCCGAACUACAGAACAACAUUUCGUAAGGUGUCGAAACCUUAUUAUCCCAAUGUUUUUGAGUAUGAUGCGGAGGGACGUGUUUUAUACUUGAAGGAUAACGAGAUGACGACCAUGCGACCUGGCGCCACAAAGGAACUCGUCUUAUCGGCUCCUGAGCUGUUCGAGAAAAUUCCCACUCGAUUUUUGAACACCUUCAAGAAUCCUUGCUGGCUUCGAGGCGGGAGAGAGCUGAAUUGCCUGCCAUACUUCUACAUCAUCGGCAUGUACAAGUGCGCCACCACAGAUAUUUGGAGCAAGAUAGUACAACAUCCAGACGUCACCAAGGUUGCCAAAGAACCCCAUUGGUGGGGGCCAAGAAGACACGGCUUCAUGAGGAGUCAUGUCGCUACGACCGGUGUAUUACGUUCUCGUAACGUGACUGGGGGUCCUGACGAUAGCUCUCUGGAGUGGUAUCUUAAUUUCUACAAAUUUGACGUGGCUCCUAGACUAAUUAAAGAAAAGGUCAAGAGAAGAAAUGAGCCUUACCACCCGAUUGUUUAUGGUGAUGCUUCGAUAUCGACCGCCUAUUCUAUGGGGCUGGAGUGGAUAGACAAGUACCCCAAUGCCAAGGAACCACCAUACACCAACGCUGAUCUCAUCCGAGCUUUACAACCUAAUGCCAAGAUUGUUCUCAUGGUUCGAAACCCUACUAAAAGGGCCAUUUCAUGGUGGUGGUACAGUCAUAAAUCUCUAAGUAAACGCCUCGAUCGGCCAUAUUCUGCCAAGACUUUACAUGACGAAAUGAUCAAAUACAUCGAUUGUUUUAAUGGUUGCCUGGAAUUACACAACGUCAGAUAUUGUGCCUAUGUCUCUGGCUGCCCUUAUAAAUUGGUACCCGACAUUCAGGCUGGAAUUUACCACGUGUAUCUCCAAGAUUGGAUAAGAGCCUUCUCACGUGACUCAGUGCACGUUAUUCGAUUGGAGGACUGGCAAGCCGAUCCGGUGAAGAUCUACAGAAAACUGCUGGACUUUUUAGAUUUACCGAAACUGACGUAUACGAAAGUGAAGGAGAUAGUUAUAAGCAAGACGGCGAACGUUAAUAUGAAAGAACAUGAGGAUGCUUGGCCGGAGACAGUCAGUCUCCUUGAUGAUUUCUUUCGUCCCUACAACCAAGAGCUAGCAAAACUGAUGGGCGACGACAAGUUCUUAUAUCUAUGAUUCUUCUCUCUCUCUCUCUCUCUCUCUCUCUCUCUCCAUCCCCCUCUUUAUUUCUUUUUUUUCCUUCUCCCUGUCCAAGAGCUAGCAAAACUCACGGGCAAACAGUUUUUGUAUCUAUGAUUUGUUCUUCUAUUUGUUGUUCUCUCCCUCUUUAAGUUAUAUUAUGGUUUGUAACAUUUUGAAAAAUGAAUGAUUAGACAAGUUUUCUACAGGUAUUUUACAUUGGAGACCUUUUUAACGUGCCACUAUUAAUCUUUGAAAUUGCUGAUGAAGAAUGAUUAUACCCGCUUGGGCAGAGUUUGCCAUUAUGUAUAGCAUAAUCAGCAUUGUGAAUGGUAAGGCCGUAACAACAUGUUCCCGAUAACUUUACACGAACAUUAAAAAUAAUGUUAAAAAAAACACAGAUCCAUAAAAGGGGUAACCCACCCCUCGCCCCUUGUCAUAAUUAUUUUCUUGAUUGUUGUAUCGAAUUCGAGGUGAAAAUGGUUUAUAUAUAGUUGUUGGUUGUGUUCUGACUAUCUACGCUUUAAGUCAGGUUCUUUAGGCAAAUCAGGUAGUCGAGUCGUAAAUCGCACGAAUAACAUUCAAUUAUCGUUCAUCUUCAUUUAAGCUUACCAACUUUGGACGAAUAGCUGCAAAUAUUGAUAACUUAAAAGAGUCUCCUCGUGUAAUUACGAGGUAUAUAAUUUCUUAUUUGCAUUCAUGUUAUUUUAUACGAAAUUCUCCUCUCCAGGGGUGUCGCAAGAACUUUUUAAAUGGCUUCUCUUUUUGGUGCAUUAUUUUGAAAUAUGAUUUGAUCUUUAAAUAUGUAUUUGACUACACCGUCUUUUGUAAAUUUUUCUACUUUUAUUACUUCAAAUAAAUACAGAGUCAUAGAUUCUUCACGAAAUUUA